UGUUCUUGAAAGUUCCUGCGUACCAUUUGUUUGAUUCUAUUUAUUUGCCUUGCACAAGGUGUUUUGCCCGCUGUUCUUCGACAGAAAUGGCCGUUGCAGGCUUGUCUAGAAGACCUCCAAGCCAUCCAAUGAAAAACUGCUGGACUUUUCCUCUGAUCAAUGUCAGGAGACUUCUUUCAGGCAGUCUCAUGGUUUUUCUUAUUCCUGCAACGGCUUAUAUGCUCUGGAAGGCCAUCUCGCUCAUCACUGACUCGUCUCAUCCUAUUGUGGUGGUCAUAUCAGAGUCCAUGGAACCCGCUUUUAAACGAGGGGAUAUCUUAAUCUUGUGGAAUCGUCAAUCCCUAGUCAAGGUGGGAGAUAUCCCUGUAUGUUGGUUGCCCGGCCGGAGUCUUCCCAUGGUCCAUCGUGCAAUCAGCGUGAUUAAUACUAGUAUCAGCUACGCUCCAGUCAAAGUCAUACAGCAAAUCCUUACCAAGGGCGACAAUAAUGAGGUAGAUGACAUAGCACUCUAUCCUCCGGGGCAAAAUUGGAUUUAUAGACAUCAAAUAGUAGGACUAGUCUGGGGUUACAUUCCACUCCUGGGUUGGGUGACUAUUGCGUUAAAUGAAUACCCUUGGCUAAAGGCUAUAGUCAUGUUGACACUGGUAUUGGGUAUACUAUUAGACUGAUGUUCAAUCAAUAAGAUCAUCAUGUAACGACAAAAUCUUGACAUACUAUAAUACAGACAAUCACUUGACUC